UUCGACACUAUAUAAAAUUACUUUUAUUAAUAUUUGUGCAUCAGAAAUUUUAAAAAUAUUGAUUUUCACUUUUAUAUUUUUCUUUCAGCUAUGUCACCUGUUAACCCUUUUACUUCGAUAGCCAACUCAGCAUUGACCGGUGGUAGUACCACUCCUGGUCCACAGACACCUGGAGUAGAGUCCAACGACGAACUCCGCACUGCCUCAAAUUCAUCUUGUCAAUCACCUCAACCUCAACCAUCUUCCUCAACAGCCACGUCGACGUCCAAUUCCUCAUCUUCCACCAACAGCCAAAGUAAACCACCAUAUUCCUACGUAGCGCUAAUAACGAUGGCAAUCCAGAGCAGUCAUUUGAAAAAAGCAACACUCUCAGAAAUAUAUCAGUACAUCACUUCGAAGUUUCCUUACUUCGAACGAAACAAAAGAGGAUGGCAGAAUUCCAUUAGACAUAAUUUAAGUCUAAAUGAAUGUUUUAUUAAGGUACCCAGAGAAGGUGGCGGUGAACGAAAAGGUAACUAUUGGACGCUUGAUCCUCAGUACGAAGAUAUGUUCGAGAACGGUAAUUACAGAAGACGAAGAAGAAUGAAGCGACCUUAUCGGUCUGCCCAACCUUAUCCAAAAGCCUUUUUCGGGGACACCCUUAGCCAGCACGGAUUACCGUUACCUAGAAAUAUAUUUACCCCACCUACGUAUCCCCCUGCUUAUUCCAGAUACGAUAAUUGGCUUGGCCAAACUCAACUAGCCUCUUAUACCACUUGCAAUACAGCAGCAUAUCCUCAGCAAGGAUAUCCUUCCCCCGCAGCUUUUAGUACGUGUAGCGUACGACAGGACGCCGCAACCAGAUACCCUCCUCCGUACUGGCCUCCCGAGGGAGAUUAUUCUCCAGGACCGCACGGAUCUCCUCCGACGGAUACCCAAUUGAUGCUGCAGUGGUGA